CUCAGAAACGCUACCGGUUAGAAAAAAAUGACGGGAACUGACAGAUCAAAAAGGCAGCUUUUGCACACAACUGUAUUUGCACAGUGUUUUUCCCCUUGUGGGAAAUAUCUGGUAGCUGCAAAUAACUACGGACAAAUAGCAGUUUACAGUAUUGUGGCUGCACUGUCCCCAAAUGCGGAUGAAGAAACAAGAAAACCUAUAUAUAGCUUUGAUGGUCUGUCCAAAGGAAAACCAGUAUACUGUCUUCUAUCAACUGAUACACAUCUAAUAAGUGCUGGAAAUGGCGAUAUCGUUGCAUGGGGUUGGUCAGAAAUACUAGAUAAGGCAGCAAAGGUAGCAUGGACCUUGCAGUUACCGAAACUACAAAUGUAUACAGAUCCUGAGGUCAACACAAUAGCACUCAAUAAACAGGAUACAGGGACAGAGCUGCUGGCUGGAUGUGGCGAUAACAAUGUACAUAUCUGGGACAUUGAAUCUGGCAACCUCACUAGUACAUUGAGCGGGCACAAGGACUACAUACAUUGCUUGUGCACAAAGAAUGCUGGGCGGGAAUGUGUGACCGCCUCUGAAGAUGGUACUGUAAGGAUCUGGGAUUGCAGACAGGGAGGGGAGGCUGUACAAAUCCUUGAUCCGAGUUCCCAUGAGGCAACUGCGAGACCAAGCCUGGGAAAGUGGGUCGCCUGUGUCACAUGUGAUGUCAAUGAGGACUGGUUGGUAUGUGGAGGGGCCCCUCACCUGUCAGCCUGGCAUCUCCGCUCCCUCAGUCCCAUGACCACAUACAACAGCCCAGGGGCCACACACAACUUCGCCAUGUAUCAUGAAGAUCUGCUAUUAUCAGGCGGCAGCAGCCCUUAUGUGAACCAUUGGUUUGUGAAUGGUGACAGGAAAUCUCAGGUGCCAUGUUCUGCCACCAGCGUGUUCAGCGUUGCCAUUAAUUCAAAAUCAGAAUGUAACAAGGUCCUCAGUGUAGCUGGUAGCAGUUCCAAGAUCGACAUUUGCACAAACUUUGGAUACAAAGCAUUUUCACUGGUUUUUGAUGUCUGAAAGAAAUAAUCUUUGAAUUUUACUAAUACCUUGAAAAAUUGUAUUGAUGAAAGAAGUUAUUAGUCUUUGUAACAGUUGCAUUUAUAUAGCAUAAGAUAUAAAGCUUGCAAUGCUUCAGUGUAUGACAUUAUCAGAGGUUAUAGUUUAUCAUUGUAACAUGUAUGAAUGAAAAAAAUGGAAAACCUAUUCACGUAUGGCCUACAGUUGAUCAAUCAUGAAAAGUUGUCAAAUAUCGUCACAUAUGAACAUCACAUGUAUAUCACAGGGUAUUCAGUGAUUUUCAGCUGAUGAACAAAUGUUCAUCCAAUAAUUUGUAUUCAUAGAUUUAAUAAAUCUGAAAGAGUUUAUUAAAUAUU